AUGUCCUGUGCGCUGUACGCGCCGCGCUUAGGGACUGCGCUUGACGGAUUGCACGGGCAGCUACUGUACAAUGUGUUUACGCGACUGGUACGCCGCUCGGGCCCGGCAUUGCAUGGGGGGUACAUGGACCGUGCACGGGCGGUGGAGCCGUGGAUGCGCAGCAUCGCCGAAAGCAUUGCAUGGAUCAUUGCGCCGGACGAGAGAGGCGGGCAUGCGCAUGCGCAGGAUGAAGGCAGUGCGAUGGCGCAGCGUAUUUUGACGAUGCUCGCGACUGCCGAUGCACAACGACUUCCUCCCGCUGUAUUUCCAACAUCGCUCGCAACGCAUGGCAUGCAAGAACCACAUACGCUGCGCCCACGCGCUCGGCUUGACAAGUAUAUGCCGCCGGUAUUGUCAGAAGACGAGGUGCCGUCGUUGGACACUGAGCCCACGUCUGCGAUUCAGAGCCCGUCUACGGAUCGCAUGGUAUUGGACUGCUUUCCACAGGAAGAUUCGAGCGCGCUUGAUGCGUGUGCGGAUAGCUCGUGGACACUGAGCUCAUUGCAUGGGGAUGUAUCGCCCUGUGUGCCCCCAAAACAGCGCUCCUCUUCGGAGCUCAGCUCGCCGCCCGCAGCGUAG